UAUGGAGAGACAUUCUCAUUAUAUAUAUUUGGUCAAAAAAUAACCAUGGUUGGAAAGGAAACAACUCACGAAAUAUUAAAAAAAGAUCAAGAGUUUAGUUUUAGCGAAGCCAUUAGAAUGCGAUUACCACUACGUUACCUAUUUAAUAAUAUGGAUUUAGAGAAAAAUAAUAAAUUAAUGAGAGAAUAUAUCACAGGAAAAUUAAUAUAUCUUAUGGGCAGGUUACAAAGAGAUGUUAUUAUGGCCAUAGAACUUUAUAUUGGUGAAUGUAUUGAACCAAAGAUUAUUCAUGAUCCAUAUAAAACUUUAACAAAUAUUAUCGCAAUUCCGGUUUCUACUGUUAUUGUCGGUGAAGUAGAUGGAUUACAAUGUUACUUAGAUGACCCCGAAAUAACUCCUGAUCUCAAUCCAAAUAAUGUAAAUUAUGAUUUUAUUGUUGAUGCAAUCUGCGUUUUUAUUUUUUCUGCUAUGGGAACAACGAUUGAUAGUGCUAACUUUGUUUUAUAUGAUUUGGUAAAAAGGAAACAAUAUUGGCACGAAUUAUAUCAGGAAGCUCAGGAAAUUAAUAAGCAGUGUAAUGGAAACGAACUUACAUCUGGUGAUAUUGCUAAGAUGGUGAAGUUAGAUGGUUUUGUUAAAGAAUCUUUAAGAUUCUUAACUAGACAUCGUAUGAUUGGUUUACCACACAAAUGUAUUUCUAAAUCUUAUUAUACGCUUGCAAAUGGAUAUCAAAUCCCAAAUGGUUGUAUAGUCCUUAUAAACAUUAUUGAUACUCAUAAUGAUGAAGGGAUUCAAGGUCAAAAUCCCACAGAAUUUUAUGCAUACCGUCAUUUAGAACGUAAUUCUCCUGCAACAAAACUUGACC